AAUUAUUAUACUUUAUGGAUCCAGACCUUUAUAUAUAUCCAGGUAUAACGAAAAAUUUAACUAAAACCAUGUGUGGAAAAUUAAAGAGAUUUAUUAGUAUUUUUAAAUUAAACUAUAAUAGAAAAACAAUUUAAAGAUCAAUCAUUUUUAUAGGAUGAUCCUAAAGUUAAGGAAUUCUUAGAUACAUCUUAAUAUGAUUAUAAAGUACUCAAUUUAAUUCAAUUGAAAUAAAGUAAAAUUGGAAAAGAGAUUGUAAAUUUUUUUUUCGGUAAUCUAAUUUGGUGCUAGGAUAUCAAUGAACUUAAUAAAUUAGAUAUUAAUUAUUACUUCCAAUUCAAUCAUGUUUGGUAUGAUUAAACAGAAGAUGAUAAAUAAGAAAAAGAAAAAAAAGAAAAAUAAGAAUUUUUAGAGAAAUUAGAGAAAUAAGAAAAAUUAGAAAAAUUAGAAAAAUUAGAAAAUGCUUCUGAUAGUGAUGUUAAAGUUAAAAAAAUAAAAAUCGACUGA